CUAAGAAGAACCCACAAACUUAUUUUAAAAAAAACCAUGUUUACAGUUUACCCCAAUUCAGCUUCUCUUCCCCUCUUCAACUUUUGACACAAGUUAACAACCCAGUGGUCAGUGGAUUCUCGUCUUCGUCUUUUCGACCGUUCGGCAGUCGACGGAAGUUGAUGAUUCGCGCAGUCGGAUUCGAACCCGCGGUGGUGAAUAGCUAACAACUUCAUCAUCUUCAAACCUCACAACUUCUCCAAUUUGAUUUUACCCAGAAUCUUCAACACUGAUAACAUUGAAGAAGGGGAUAGAGACUGAAAAUGGCUACAGAACAAAAGGCAGAAGGUACUGAACAAACAAGCAGUAGCGAUCCAGCUAUUGGAUUUGUAGGAAAUAUUGAAGCAAAGUAUCGUGAACUGAAGGAGCAUGCAGAAGCAUACCCUUAUGUGUGGGGAUCUUAUCUGGUUGUGUAUGGUGGAUUUGGGAUGUGGUUCGCAUACAGAUGGAGGAAGCUGCGCAGGACAGAGUCCAGAGUCCGAGGCCUUCAAGAGCGUCUACGUCAACUUGCUCAAACUGAGGAGUCUGCUAAUAGUAGUUCUUCUGCAUCCGCUAAAGUAGAUAAGCCACCCAAAUAGUUGUAGGGGUUGCUCAUCUUCAUAGUAGUUUUGGAAAUUGGAUCUGGAUAUCUUGGCUGAACUGGAAACACGGAAAAAAGACAUAUUUCUGCCUUUUCUGGAUGACUAAUAGAUUUGUUUAUGUCAACUUAUAUAUGUAACACAGGGUCUAAAGCUCACUUUAUAUGGCUAUCUUGCUGAUUAAUUGGACACGACGAAAGGCUGUAAAGCUUCACCAUUUAAUUUUUGCUUAGGGACCAUCAGUUACUCAGUUUUGCUAGUAUUAACAAGAGCACUUGCAUAAAAUUUGGCAUUGUUGCCUUGAACAGGAGUUCCUGAGUUUAAUGUUUGUAUACUGAAAGGUCAAUCUAUUCGGCAUUAUAUUC